CCGGUGAUUCAUACAUACUAUCGACUCACAGACCCACCGAACGUCAAAGGUGCAAGCCUCAAGGCGACAACUUCGCUUCAGCUUGUGCGACACAUAGAUUAGACCCUAUUCUCAACACCUGGGCCAGCAUAGAAAAUUCUUCAUCUCUUGGUUUUCUGGGCCUCUCACCAUGCCUCUUGGGGGAGAAGAUGUGCUGUGCCACCUGUGCAAUAAUAUAUAUCCCCGAGACGAAUCCGGGCUGACAUGUCCACGGUGCGGAUCUGACUUUACGGAAAUUAUCGAAGGAAGUGCCGAGGAACUUCCUGGUAUUGACUAUCAAGAUCCGCCGUUUUCUCCCCGUUCCCCGCAUUCGCCUCAACAUGAUACAAGACAAUCCAUCCUUGACCACAAUCCAUGGCAGCAUACAGAGGACCAUGAGACACAAGAAACAGACGAUAUACCCGGAUUCAGCCGUCACUCCUACCGCUCACCGGAUGGAAAUCUCACAUUCACGACCACAACUUGGACAAGGGGAAUGCCCGGCCGACGGAGAAGCGUGGGCUCGCCUGAUCAAUUUGCUGGGACUGACCCGCUGCUUCAGACAAUGGGCACAUUUUUCCAGGAGCUAGCAGGUGCCUACGCGCAUCGAGACAGACACGUUCCCAAUCCAGACCGGGAAGAUCCUUGGGAGACUCCGGGUGCUACUCGAGGGACUUACAUGGGAGGAGGAUUAUUUCCCAGGGACACAACUCGGCCACAGCCAGCAACGAUGCCCCUAACGAGUUUGAAUGAUAUCUUCGACCUGUUACAAAAUGAGGCAGGAGAGGAUGGGUUGAAUCGUCCACAUGCUCGUGUUCGCGUUGCGGGACCUAAUGGGGCCAACCCUAUGCACAUUCUAUCAUUGCUUGCUGGUAUGAUGGGAGGCGGUCGCAUGGGUGAUGCCGUUUAUUCGCAAGAAGAACUAGACCAUGUGAUCUCACAGCUUGUUGAGCAGACCGGAAAUCAAGGAGCACCUCCAGCAUCUGAAACGGCGAUUCAUUCUCUUCCUAAGAAAGCCGUCGAUAAAGAGAUGUUGGGGGCUGAAGGUAAAGCUGAAUGUUCUAUUUGCAUGGAAGCGGUUGAGGUCGGCAGCGAAGUUACUGAGCUUCCUUGUAAACAUUGGUUCCAUGGUGAUUGUAUUGAGGUGUGGUUGAAACAACAUAAUACAUGCCCACACUGCAGACGGGGCAUCAAUGAGGGAGAUGAUACUCCGGGAACUCGCGACAACCCUAUGGUCAUACCAAGCAGCCCACCACAGUCUUCCCAGGACUUUCGGAAUCCUUAUCAUCGUCAUCAAAGUUUUGGUAGUUCUCCGCCGCGCAGUAGUCUUUCACGUCAUGCAUCAUCCGCCCCGCCUGAGGAUGAUCAGGACGAAUCUCAAUCGCAAUCGCCAUCACACGGUGGGGGCGUGAGUGGCUGGAUAAGAAGUCGAUUUGGCAGCGGUUAAACCGCUCUUAAACCAAAAAACCCCUCACUAUAGCAUUACAUCCGCCACAAAGCCUAUAACGACCAUAUAUGAUUUGAAUUGUUUUAUAGAUGGUAGGAUGGAUAACGACUUUGGACAGGAAUGGAGUAUUUC